AGUUGCUCACUAUAUCUCAUAUCGCUCACACGAUUCUUAUGCUAUUUUACAAAUUAUUCAAUUGUAAUUCUCACUUAGUACUUCGGUCUUGUGCGUGAAUGGUUAAAAGGGAUAGUUCAAGUGUUAAGAGUGCGUUAUGAUUUUUCACAGGAUUAAAUGGAUAUUCUUCAGGCGAAAGGCCAAAAUUGUCGCUAAAGAUCCGAAAGAAGAUCUUAAAAAGCAUCAUCAGAAUUUUUCACAUAUCUUCCGGAGAAAAAGUCAAUGGGAACUCAUAAGACUGUCGUUUAUUAUGAUGGGAAUUGAACUAGCUUACGCGGCCGAAACAGCUUUCGUGUCACCAAUUUUGCUGAAUAUUGGCAUUAAUCACAGAUACAUGACGAUGGUGUGGAGUCUAUCAGCCUGCCUAGGAAUUGUCUGUUCACCCUUUAUAGGGCCCCUCACGGACCAGUGUCGCCUCUCACUUGGUCGUCGACGUCCUCUUAUAAUAUUUCUCUCAGUAUUACUAGUCCUAGGCCUUAUUCUUGUACCUCAUGGUCAGAACGUAGGCCUCUGGCUCGAAGGACAGACAAUACACACAAAAUCAGCCGCAGGUCCAUGCGCUUGGGCCAUUUUCUUAACGGUCCUUGGGACAAUUGUGCUGGACUUCAGUGCAGACAACUGCCAGACACCUUCUAGAGCCUAUCUGCUGGACAUGUGUCUUCCAGCUGAUCAUACACAAGCCCUCAGCACCUUCUCCAUUAUGUCCGGCGUGGGAAGCUUUGUAGGCUAUGCUAUGUGUGCCUAUGAUUGGGAACAUCUAACUUGGACUCACUUCCUGGGCAACAACAUAUCCGCAGUGUUCGCAAUUGUGGUUCUAUCCUUAAUCGUCUGCGUCACUCUCACUCUCACCACUUUCCGAGAGAUUCCUCUGUCUCUCCUGGAAGAUGAUGAGGAACUAUGCCCCGUUAUGAACGUUUCGCGGGAAAAUCAAGUUAUUGAGGAGGACAGGAGAAGAAUGUCUUUCGGAGUGUACCUCAGGAGCAUCGUGAAGAUGCCAUGGGCAAUUAAAAUGCUCUGCCUUAUGAGUCUGUUCGGAUGGAUGAGUGAUGUCUGCUACUCACUCUAUUUUACGGAUUUUGUGGGAGAGGCUGUCUUCCGUGGAGAUCCAGGAAGUGACUCUAAGUCUGAGGAACAUGCAUUGUAUGAAUCUGGGGUCCGCUUUGGAUGCUGGGGAAUGUCUAUUUAUGCCUUUUCCUGUAUCAUUUUCUCUAUUGCUAUGGAAUCGCUCAUAAAGACUUUUAGAACUAGAACCAUCCUGAUCGGGGGAUCAUCCCUGUUUGGUUUAUCAAUGAUUUGCCUUGCAACUUGGCCAACGAAGGUGAAUGUCUUACUCCUCAGCAUCUCUGCAGGGAUAAACUUUGCCAUUGUCUUCACAAUACCCUUCAUCCUCAUUGCCCAGUAUCACUCUGAAGACACCUUCAAGAAUGAUCAACCGGAUGACAAGAAAUUGCGCCCAUUGCGUGGUCUUGGAACUGACAUCGCCAUCGUGAACAGUUCCCUCUUCCUGGCGCAGGUCUUCGUAUCCCUAACCAUUGGGUCCUUGGUGAGCUACACAGGAUCUACCAGUGCUGUGAUUUACGCGGCAGGAAUCUUUAGUUUGUGCGCUGCAAUUGUCGGUAAUCGAAUAAUCUACCUCGACUGAUCAAGGGAUAUUUUCUAAUUUUAGUGACGGAAUAAUUUUUAAAUAUUGUUGCAUUAAUUUAAAUAAAAUCAAAGGACAAUAAUAAAUAUUGCUGCAUUUUUGACAA